GUUUAGAGCGCGCCCGCUCGGCUAGAGGCAGGUGCGGAGAGGCGUGGGGGUCGGGAUGCCUGGGCCGCCCACAGUCGCAGAGCAGACGCGCCCCGAGCAGAGCGCGCCGGACCCGCGGCGCACAGGCUUCGUGCUGGGGCUGGACGUGGGCAGCUCGGUGAUUCGCUGCCACGUCUAUGACCGCGCGGCGCGGAUCCGCGGCUCCAGUGCUCAGAAGGUAGAAAGUCUUUAUCCUCAAGCUGGCUGGGUUGAAAUUGAUCCUGACAUUCUCUGGCUUCAGUUUGUUGCUGUAAUAAAAGAAUCUGUCAAAGCUGCAGGACUAGAGAUGAAUCAAAUUGUCGGUCUUGGCAUCUCAACACAGAGAGCAACUUUUAUUACGUGGGACAAGAAAACGGGAAAGCAUUUCCACAACUUCAUUAGUUGGCAAGACCUAAGAGCUAUUGAACUUGUAAAAUCUUGGAAUAGUUCUCUUUUAAUGAAGCUCAUACACAGUUCCUGCCGAGUGCUGCACUUUUUAACUAGAAGUAAACGAUUUUUAGCAGCCAGUUUGUUCACUUUCACAACCCAGCAUGUUUCUUUGAGAUUGGCCUGGAUUUUGCAGAACCUGACUGAGGUGCGAAAGGCAAUUGAAGAAGAAAAUUGCUGCUUUGGGACUAUUGAUACCUGGUUGUUACAUAAGCUCACAAAAGGUUCUGAAUUUGCCACAGAUUUUUCAAAUGCCAGUACAACUGGACUUUUUGACCCAUAUGAGAUGUGUUGGAGUAAGCUCAUCACCUCCCUGCUUUCAAUCCCGCUCUUUCUGCUGCCUCCCGUGAAGGAUACAAGCCACAAUUUUGGAUCAGUGGAUGAAGAGAUAUUUGGCGUGCCUAUACCAGUAAUGGCCUUGGUUGCUGACCAGCAAUCAGCCAUGUUUGGAGAAUGCUGCUUCCAGAUAGGAGAUGUGAAGUUAACCAUGGGAACUGGGACAUUUUUGGAUAUUAAUACUGGAAAUAACCCUCAACAGAGUGUUGGAGGCUUUUAUCCAUUAAUUGGCUGGAAGAUUGGGCAAGAAGUGGUGUACUUAGCUGAAGGCAAUGCAGCAGACACCGGUACUGCCAUACAGUGGGCUCAACAGUUAGAUCUGUUCACAGAUGCUGCUGAAACUGAAAAAAUGGCCAAAAGUUUGGAAGAUUCUGAAGGAGUUUAUUUUGUUCCAUCUUUUAGUGGAUUGCAGGCUCCAUUAAAUGACCCUUGUGCAUGUGCCUCUUUUAUGGGUUUGAAGUCUUCCACCAAUAAAUACCACCUUGUACGAGCAAUAUUGGAGUCAAUAGCUUUCAGAAACAAACAGUUAUAUGAGGUGAUGCAGAAAGAGAUCCACAUUCCUGUAAGAAAAAUCCGAGCAGAUGGAGGAGUUUGUAAGAACAGUUUUGUCAUGCAGAUGACUUCAGACCUGAUUAAUGAGACGAUAGAUAGACCCGUCCACGUUGAUAUGUCCUGCGUAGGUGCAGCUUCUCUAGCUGGCCUUGCUGUUGGGUUUUGGACUGACAAGGAGGAACUAAAGAAACUGAGGCAAAGUGAAAUAGUUUUCAAGCCACAGAAGAAAUGGCAAGAAUAUGAAAAGAAUAUGGGAAACUGGGUCAAAGCAGUGAAACGCUCCAUGAAUUGGUAUAACAAGACGUAGCACUAACGGAAUGACUGAAACCAGGCAUGGCUGGUUGCUGUGAUGUGCAGAUGAGACAAAGCUCAGGGACAAUACGACCAUGAAUGAGAGAAGACUGGAGCUGAGCUCUGCAACCCGAGAGAAAAAGCACUGCUUUUUUUGAAAACAAAACAAAACUCCUCAUUGAAAAAA